AUGUAUGAACCAAGUGUGGAUCCUCAUUGUUUGAUCUGUGGAGUUGAAGAUGAAGACAUUAAUCACUUAUUUUUUGCAUGUUCUUAUAGUAAGAAAUGCUUGAAAAGAAUCAAAGAAUGGUUAGAAUGGAAAGUACAAACUGAGAACAUUCUUGAGCUUCUUGGGAAAAUCUCUAAAGCUAAGAUUAGCAAGGCAAGGAAGAGUAUCUUAUUAACCAUCAUUGCUUCGGUGGUUUAUAACUUGUGGCAGGUGAGGAAUGAAGCACUAUGGAACCAAAAAGUUUGGCAAAUAAAGCGCACAAUCAAGAAGAUACAACAAGAUGCUUUGACUAGACUAAUGGGAGCACUUCUUAGCAAAAUGUCAAUUGGGGAUAAGACUUGGUUGCUGAAAUUGUAA